AUGAAAAGUAAACCAACUGAAACGAAAACUGAAAAAGCCUCGAAUGAAAAUAAAACGAGUGCAUGUCCAUUUGAUUUAAAUCUUUGUCGUAAAGCAUUAAUUGCACUCAAACAGAUCAUCAACGAAGCACAACAAGGUCAUAAGCAAUUGUUAGAUGAUUCAAUACCAAUCAGUCUCUAUCUUCACGUACAUAAAAUACCUCGAUGUACGUAUCUUCGAUUAGCAUCUCAAUUACCUCAUCCGUUAGUUGAACAAGAUACGCGUGAUGUAUGUCUUUUUGUUCGUGAUGAUGACAAAACUGGUCGAGAAUACGAAUCCACAGUUCGUCGGUAUAAAUCAAUCAUUGAACAAUUCAAACUUCCAUUCAAUGUUGAUAUUAUGACUCUCAAACAGUUGAAUCAAGAAUUAGUUCCAUAUGAAGCCAAACGAAAACUAUGUGCACGUUACGAUCUGUUUCUUGCUGAUCGUCGUAUUAUAACGGCAUUGAUGCGUGGUCAACUACUUGGUAAACAUUUUCGUCAUCACGGCAAAAUGCCACUAGGCAUCAAUGUGUUCAAUAAAGAUUUUAAACAACGUUUAAUUUCUUUAUGUUCUUCAACGCUUGGUCGAAUGGCGGGCACUGGACCUUUGUUUUCUAUGCAAUUCACCAAUGUGAAACAAUCAAUUGAUCAUGGAAUGGAAAAUCUGCAAGCCGUUUGCCAAGUUAUCGGCCAAGAACUACCCGGCAGUUGGUUAAAUAUUGAUCACGCUUAUUUCUAUGGUAAUAAUUUACAAUCUUUACCAAUUUAUUACAGUUCACAUACGAAAAAUGACGUGAAGAAAUUGAAUGUACCGUCGCACGAUGCCAAUGCAAUGACUCAAAUUGGUGAACUAUCAACCACGGACAAAAAUCUUAAUGUCAUUGUUGAACCCAAUGGUAAUAUACAUCUGACCAAGCGAAAGAAAUUGAACGAGAAUUAUAAGAAGAAGAAACCUACAAAACGUUUACAAAAGACUUGGCUUCAAGGUGGACAACAAAAAUCUUCAACGAAAACACCUAAACCCAAAAAACAAAAGAAUGUCAAACAAGCGGAUGAAACACUUGAUUUCAAUGCUAAUGGUAAACCAUUAGUUGACGCGGAAUUUGUUAACCGUGUCAAUAAAACAAAACUUGCGAAGAAGACUGAAAAACCAAAACAUGUCGAACAAAAUUAUGCAAGUAAACCGGCACCAAAAGCCGAAAAGCGAAAACGUCUUUUAGCAACUGCGAAACAAAUAGCAAAUUCAAAAGACAACGCUAAUGACGAUGUUCCAACACUGGUAGCAGACGACGAAGAACGUAAGAUAAAAAGUGGUGGACGAAGUAAAAAGAAAGUUCGUAUAAAUGUUUAA